GGCGCGGGGCCCGGCGGAGUCCCCGGGGCCCGCAGGGGCAGCGCGGGCCGCGAUGCGGAGGCCGAAGUUUGGUGCCGGCGGGUGCGGGAGCUGGUGAGCGCGGUUCCCGCCAACCGGCUCUGCUUCGAGUGCGGCCAGCGCGGCGUCACCUACGUGGACAUCAGCGUGGGCAGCCUCGUGUGCACCGGCUGCUCGGGGGCGCUGCGGGGACUGAACCCCCCGCACCGCGUCAAGUCCAUCUCCAUGACGACGUUCACCGAGGCCGAGGUGCUGUUCCUGCAGGCGCACGGCAACGAGGCCUGCAGGCGGGUCUGGCUCGGCACCUUCGACCCCCGGACGUCGCUGCUCCCCGACUCCCGCGACCCCCAGAAGGUGAAGGAGUUCUUGCAGGAUAAAUACGAGAAGAAACGAUGGUACGUGGCACCAGAACAAGCGAAACCCCCCCAAAGCGCCGCAGCAGAGCCCGGCCCCCCCCAGCUCCUCCGCGGGGACACCGGGACGCUGCCGCAGCCCCGCCCGGCCGCCCAGCGCCCUCCCCAGCCGGCCCGAAAGGCCAGCACCGACCUCCUGGCCGACAUCGGGGGGGACCCCUUCGCCAGCCCGGCCCCCGCGCCCGCCUCCGCUGCCUUCCCCGGCCCGGCCCCACCCCGGUCUGCCUUCCCCAGUUUCAACGCCUUCGGAACCAGCCCUGCAGCGCCGACAUUUGGGGGGGCUGUGCCCCCCUUCCACACCCCACCCACCACCACAGGAGGUGUGGCUGCACAGGGCGUGGCCACCCCCGUUCCGCCCACGGAGGGAGGAGCUUCUGCCAGCCUCUUCGGGACCCUCCGUGAGCCCCCAGCGCUGCCCCACGGGGGCCACACCAACCCCUUCACGGCCCCCGUGGCCCCCAGACCCUCCACCAACCCCUUCGAGAGCAGCGGCCCCGGUGCUGCUUUCACCUUGCCCCCCGUUCCUGGGGGCUUCCCCAUCCCCUUCCAGGCCGAUGGGUUGCCUUUCGGUGGGUUCAACGUUGCCAAAGCUUCCACCAACCCCUUCGUGACGCUCCCGGCCCCGACGGCGCCGUUCGCCAUCAGGCCCCGGACCACCAACCCCUUCCUAUGAGCGCCGCUGCUCCAGGGGGGCCCUGGCCGUGCACCGCCCCUCCGCCGGGACCAGGUUUUAUUUUUGUUUCGAGAGGUUUAUCGCGAUAUCUAAUAUAUAUAUUCGAUAGAAA